UCAAAAUGAAAUACAAAAGUAAAAAAAGUUUAUUUUCAAAAUGCUAAUGUCAAUAAAUGAUAAAUAAAUUUUGGUAUUUAGAUGAAAAAUCCUGGUAAAAUUAGUUACAGCCAGUACAAUGGACGUAUUCAAUAAGUUCUAUUCAUCAGUAACAAAUACUGUAUCCCAAUUAUCUGGAGUAUUACCGGGUAAUCCGGUGACACGAGAGUUUGAAGCAACACAAUAUAUUGCAAGUGCUGGACCAGGAUUGUUAUGGAAAGUUUAUAAAGGCUAUAAAAAAUCUACGAAGCAAGAGGCUUCAAUAUUUGUAUUCGAGAAAAAACAUUUAGAACGAUGGUCAAAGGCUGAUCGAGAGAUCAUGUUAGAGACUCUUAAACGUGGUAUUGUACAGUUAACGAAAUUGCGACACCCUCAGAUAUUGACGGUACAACAUAGUUUGGAAGAGAGUCGCGAAAGCUUGGCAUUUGCUACAGAGCCUGUAUUUGCGAGUUUAGCUAAUAUUCUUGGUAACACGGAAAACAUGCCUCAACCCACUCCUAGCCAUUUGGUGAACUACAAGUUGUAUGAAGUAGAAAUUAAGUAUGGACUUAUGCAAGUUGCUGAAGGGUUGGCAUUUUUACAUAAUGAUGUUAAACUUCUGCACCAUAAUAUAUGUCCAGAGUCCAUUGUUGUAAAUCAGCAGGGGGCCUGGAAAAUAUUUGGGUUUGACUUCUGUAUAGCAAAUCAAAGUCCACCGGGGGUGGCUCCAUUUUGGCCCUUCACUGAGUAUUGUCAAGCAAUGCCAGCUUUAACACAGCCCGUAUUGGACUACCUAGCGCCCGAGUAUGUUCUCACUGCAUCUCAUUCUCCAGCUAGUGACAUCUACUCCCUUGGGAUGCUCAUCUAUACAGUUCAUAGUACUGGAUAUCAGAGUUUGUCUAAUGUUGGCAGUGAUUACUCAAAAUAUAAGAGAUUUGUAAAUGAAAUGAGAAAUCUACAAGCCUCAAGGCUGUUAUGUGUAGCUGAAGGCUUAAGGGACUACGUAAAGCUUAUGUUGAAUGUUACACCAGAAUUAAGGCCUGAUCCUCAUCAGUUUUUGAAGAUUCCAUAUUUUGAGGAUGUGGGUGUUAAAACAUUAAAUUACUUAGAUUCACUAUUUCAAUGGGACAAUCUUCAGAAGUCACAGUUUUAUAAAGGCCUGCCACAGAUCAUACAGAAGAUGCCACAUAGAAUAUGCAUUUAUAGAAUUCUGCCAUGUCUAUCUAAAGAGUUUGUUAAUCCACCGAUGAUUCCUUUUGUGUUGCCAAAUGUGCUGUUAAUUGCUGAGAAUUCCACAAAAGAGGAAUUUGUUAGAUACAUUCUGCCAGUGUUGAAACCAGUCAUGACAAUACAAGAUCCGAUACAAAUAUUAUUAAUUUUCAUGCAGAAGAUGGAGCUGUUACUGAAAUUAACACCCGGAGAAGAGAUUAAGUCAGAUAUACUACCAAUGUUGUAUAGGGCGUUAGAAGCUGAUGCACAACAAAUUCAAGAACUUUGUCUUUCAGUAUUGCCAACAUUUGCAUCACUAAUAGAUUACCCAGCAAUGAAAAAUGCACUAUUACCAAGGAUAAAAAAGUUAUGUUUGAGUACAAAUUAUCUGUCCGUGAGAGUGAAUUGCUUGCUGUGUUUGGGAAAAUUAUUAGAACACUUAGAUAAGUGGCUUGUAUUGGAUGAAAUUAUACCAUUUUUGCCUCAGAUACCUUCCAGGGAGCCUGCAGUAUUGAUGGGUAUUUUAGGUAUAUACAAGCUAACAAUGAGUCACAAAAAACUUGGAAUCACAAAAGAGGUAAUGGCUACAAAAGUGUUGCCGUUCUUAAUACCACUUUGUGUUGAGAAUGGGCUCACAUUGAAUCAGUUCAGUGCACUCAUAUCUCUUGUGAAACAAAUGAUUGCCACUGUGGAAGCAGAGCACAGAACAAAACUUGAACAGUUGAACUCAAUUCAGAAUGAGUCUAAAGUAAUGGAAACAGCACUAUCAACCGGUGACAGUUUAGUGUCGGCCCCCGCACCACAGACUGACAUAGACCACAUGUUCUCCGGCCUCGGUCUGGAUCCGUUCUCACCUGCGAAGACUAAAAAUAAACCAGAACCAGUCGUGCCCAGUAUAAAUCAAAACACAUCUCUUAGUAUUGAGGAUAAACAAAGGUUAGCUAAUCAACAGGAUGCUGCUCGAAAGUUAUCUCGACAGACCAUGCCAACACCCAAAGUUGUGUCUCCGCCUCAGCAAACGAAGCCUAUAGAUCUAACUAGUUCACUGCUGCAGUCCAACCUCAAUCAAUUAUCGAAUGCAGAAACUCCUCACAAAAAUUUCAAUUUACCGAUGGGAAAUUCAACGAUUCAAAUGUCUAGUCCGAUGGGCCCAAAUAAAAAUCAAAUGGAUCUUAGUUCGUUAGGUACAAAUCAAAUGGGUGUACGUCUCAUGGGAACAAAUCAAAUGAGUAUGAGUCCAAAAUGUGCAAACCAAAUGGGUGUAGGUACAAAUAAUAUGGGUGUACAUACAAUAGGUACAAAUCAAAUAGGUUUUAGUCCAAUUGGUAGUAACCAAUUAGGGUCAAAUUUCACGGGUACAAGUAACUUAAUGAGUAAUACAGUGUUAAUGGGUUCUAGUCAAAUGAAUAGUACCUUGAGUUACGGUUUCCAAGGGCAACUCGCUUUGCCCGAGAGUACAGGUUGGAGUAGUAACUCACCGUCACCUAAUAAUUUAAAUAAUAAAUGGGCGAAUCAGACAAAAGCUAAACAGGAUUGGUCGGCGUUCGAAUCCCUGCUGCCUGGUCAAAAUCAAAAUAACAACAAUGUUAAAAAGCUCGAUAACAGUGAAAUGAUGGAUUUGCUUGGUUAGUGUGUCAUGGGAAAGAAUGGUCAAGAUGUUAAAUUAGGUGAUAACACCGUCCUGCAGAAGCUGUUUUAGGCAUGGUGGCAUAUUUUGCAUUCCUCCCUAAUGUAUAUAUACCAUUUAUUCUUUUUGACAAAAAAAACACCUUAUUUUAGCAAUAUAGUAAGCUGUAAUACAAAUUAAUAUAUUUGUAUCAAUCUGCUUUGAAUCAUCUCAUCUCAUCUUAUAAAUUUUCAAGCGACAUGGUGAUGGCAAUUGAGCCGUGAUGUUGUUAAUGCUCCAGUAAAUAGGGCCGAUUGCCUUCUUUUAUGCCUUUAUUUAAUAGAAUAUCUUCUUAAUCUCAAUAUUUAUAUCAAAACUGAGUCAUAUUUUAGGAUUCCUUCAUCAUGUAUACAGUUUCUUUAAUACUGUGUUAUGCCAAUUCAGCGAACACUCAAUAUCUCAAUAGUUUAAUACUCAUAAUAAGUGCACUAAUAUUUGUUGUGUUGUAUUUAUAUUAUUAUUAAUUAGAUGAAUGCUUAAUAAAAUUCUUUGUGUAAAAAAAAAUGUGAGUCACGGGACGCCUGGCAGAUGUGAAACAUCGACAUUAUUUUGUAAAAGUAAUAUGCAGAAAAGAACAUAUUGUGAUAGGAACUAAAUAUGUCAUAAUGAUAAAAUAAAAUAUUACGAUUUUUUUCCAGAUAACGAUGACUAUUUAUUGAAUAAACAUUUAUUUUCAUUAAAUACAAAAAUUUACGAAUUUAUUUCAAAUCGUGACUACUUAAUUCGUUUAAUCAGUGACUUCGCUAAUAGUUAUAUUCGAUGUUGCCUCUGAGGACGGUAUUACUGUGACAAGGCGACGCGUCGCCACGGCAUGCGUCGCCACGCCAGAAAUCGGUUUUACGUGCGGCUAUAGAUGUUUCACAUCAAAAUACAAAAUGUGUGUGUAGUGUUAUUUAAAAAAACGUACCAUCUCUCGAAUUUCUUAACGCUUCCCUUUAUGAAAGUGUAUCCAUUCUGUGAUUUUAUGUAUAAACAUUAUGUCCAGUACUAACUCAUUGGUAGGGAAAAUACCUUAAAAUAUACUAAAAAUUUCCCUCAAAUGAAACUACUUACUAAAAUAAUUUCCAUUGAAAUAUGAUUUUAUCAUUUUAAUGUAAGUAAGUGUAUUUCUCACUGGAGAAAUAGAUCAAAUAAUUAAUAUAUUCGGUUUAAAUUAUUAUUACUUUGGUAGGUAUGCACAUACCUACUUUUAUAUACCUAUUGACUGUAAACAUUCCAUUUCUUGGAAAUAUUUAUACAAUAUCAUUAUCGUUUUUAUGCAAUAACUAUUCUAUGUAUUAGCAAUAACAAUAUUAAUUUAUUAUUAUUUUUUAUCAUUCCAACGGCUUUCGGUGGCUGGGUCAUGUUAUUUAUGUGUAACUCAACAUAAAUAACAACGGCAGUAAGUGUUUGAUCAACAUUAUUUUAUUACUGACCGACUUAUUUUAAUUUUAAUAUGUGUACAUAAUUAUGUAAAUAUUAUUAAAAUCAUUGAACAGUAUUUUUAAUUGUAGUUUGUAAGACGUCCAAAUUAUGUGUAUAUUAUGAAUAAUUCAUUUAUUCAUUCAUUGUUUUCAAUAUUUGAUGGAUUUUUGGGUAAACUUGAUCAAUAAGAGAUUUAUAGUGUAUGUCUAUCAAAACUAGUCUAGUAAUUAAUUGAGCUUCUUAUCGACGGUAUCCCUAAUGAAAUAUAAUUACUACUUUAAGUAUCGCAUAUUAUAUUUAUAUUUUGUGCAUGCCACAAUAAGUGAGUAUCUAUAAAAAUAGUGGGUCUCUAUUUUCAUAGAGUAUCUCUACUUUUGUAAGGAAAAAAUAUGAUGUGGUAAAAAAUGUUUAUUAGUGUUACCAUUGUAAAAUAAUAUUUUUUCAAAAUCAUGUACAUUCAAUGCAGUUACUCACCUUCUGAAAUAUUUUUCUUAACUUCGAAGUUGAAAGGUCACCAACUUUUCUUUCAACUUGUUGAAGGUGGAAAAUGAAUUAUCAUUAAAUUUUAAAUACAAACACCUUAACUUAAUGUGCUUACUAUUAACUCAUAUGUUUUAAGCAUCUUAUAUCAAUUAUUUAUAUGACGGAAACAAAAACACAUUCGUAAAAUAUUGAUCUCGGUUAAAUAAAACUUUUUAAGUGUUUUCCUCAAUGAUUUUAUUAUAAUUUAUCAAAAUUUUCUUAUAUCUAUUUAUUAUUGUUCACACCACAGCAUAGACUAUGUGAUAGACAGAGACAAUGGAGUCUUUGAAAUAGAGUAUUAUACCAUUUUAUCGCGAUAUUAGACGAAAAUAAUAUAAAGGGAAAAUUAUGUAAGUACCGAUGAAGCGCGAGUUGAAUGCAGCCGGAGCCUGAAGAAAAGAGAGGGAGCAUCUCCCCCCGCUGUCUGCACGCCUCACCUGUCGCGCCUGCUUUGUAGUGCUGUGCCGUACUUGACAGUUAUCGUAAGCUUAUCGUGUUAAUACUGAAAUUGCGAUCCCGUGCUAUUUUUAUGAUUUCGGAUAAUGGCUGAUCCGAAUCCAUUAGGUUGCGUUUCCAAAAAAGAGUUUUUAUUCAUGACCAAGUAGGAGAAAUGGCGAAAAAUGUUUUAGGAGUGUGUGUUGAAGAAAGGCAGAACAAAAAUUUGAGAUUUAUAAUGGUAAACUUAAAGCAAUGCUUAAACUUAUCGGCACACUCAUGAGGUCACAACACUAUGGCAUUCCUGAACUCUGCAUUUAACUCGCGCGCUAUCUGUAUGUACCUAGUUGAUUUUUUGGCUCAUUAAAUUGUCUGGUUAUCUCUGCUUAUCUUCCUUUUUGCUUAUGUUAUACACACUUACAUCUAUUUUAUGUUAAAUUAUAAAUAAUAAAUAAAAUUAUGAAAUAAUACAACCUUACAUA